AGACGGGAAGCCUGGACUGUGGGUUGGGGGCAGCCUCAGCCUCUCCAACCUGGCACCCACUGCCCGUGGCCCUUAGGCACCUGCUUGGGGUCCUGGAGCCCCUUAAGGCCACCAGCAAAUCCUAGGAGACCGAGUCUUGGCACGUGAACAGAGCCAGAUUUCACACUGAGCAGCUGCAGUCGGAGAAAUCAGAGAAAGCGUCACCCAGCCCCAGAUUCCGAGGGGCCUGCCAGGGACUCUCUCCUCCUGCUCCUUGGAAAGGAAGACCCCGAAAGACCCCCAAGCCACCGGCUCAGACCUGCUUCUGGGCUGCCAUGGGACUCGCAGCCACCGCCCCCCGGCUGUCCUCCACGCUGCCGGGCAGAUAAGGGCAGCUGCUGCCCUUGGGGCACCUGCUCGCUCCCGCAGCCCAGCCACUCCUCCAGGGCCAGCCCUUCCCUGACUUAGUGACCACCUCUGCUGCCCCGAGGCCAUGUAGGCCGUGCUUAGGCCUCUGUGGACACACUGCUGGGGACGGCGCCUGAGCUCUCAGGGGGACGAGGAACACCACCAUGCCCCGGGGCUUCACCUGGCUGCGCUAUCUUGGGAUCUUCCUUGGCGUGGCCUUGGGGAAUGAGCCUUUGGAGAUGUGGCCCUUGACGCAGAAUGAGGAGUGCACCGUCACGGGUUUUCUGCGGGACAAGCUGCAGUACAGGAGCCGACUUCAGUACAUGAAACACUACUUCCCCAUCAACUACAAGAUCAGUGUGCCUUACGAGGGGGUGUUCAGAAUCGCCAAUGUCACCAGGCUGCAGAGGGCCCAGGUGAGCGAGCGGGAGCUGCGGUAUCUGUGGGUCUUGGUGAGUCUCAGUGCCACUGAGUCGGUGCAGGACGUGCUGCUCGAGGGCCACCCAUCCUGGAAGUACCUGCAGGAGGUGCAGAUGCUGCUGCUGAAUGUCCAGCAGGGCCUCACGGAUGUGGAGGUCAGCCCCAAGGUGGAAUCCGUGUUGUCCCUCUUGAAUGCCCCAGGGCCGAACUUGAAGCUGGUGCGGCCCAAAGCCCUGCUGGACAACUGCUUCCGGGUCAUGGAGCUGCUGUACUGCUCCUGCUGUAAACAAAGCUCCGUCCUAAACUGGCAGGACUGUGAGGUGCCAAGUCCUCAGUCUUGCAGCCCAGAGCCCUCAUUGCAGUAUGCGGCCACCCAGCUGUACCCUCCGCCCCCGUGGUCCCCCAGCUCCCCGCCUCACUCCACGGGCUCGGUGAGGCCGGUCAGGGCACAGGGCGAGGGCCUCUUGCCCUGAGCACCCUGGAUGGUGACUGCGGAUAGGGGCAGCCAGACCAGCUCCCACAGGAGUUCAACUGGGUCUGAGACUUCAAGGGGUGAUGGUGGGAGCCCCCCUUGGGAGAGGACCCCUGGGAAGGGUGUUUUUCCUUUGAGGGGGAUUCUGUGCCACAGCAGGGCUCAGCUUCCUGCCUUCCAUAGCUGUCAUGGCCUCACCUGGAGCGGAGGGGACCUGGGGACCUGAAGGUGGAUGGGGACACAGCUCCUGGCUUCUCCUGGCGCUGCCCUCACUGUCCCCCCGCCUAAAGGGGGUGCUGAGCCUCCUGUGGCCCGCAGCAGUGAGGGCACAGCUGUGGGUUGCAGGGGAGACAGGCAGCACGGCGUGGCCAUUCUAUGACCCCCCAGCCUGGCAGACUGGGGAGCUGGGGGCAGAGGGCGGUGCCAAGUGCCACAUCUUGCCAUAGUGGAUGCUCUUCCAGUUUCUUUUUUCUAUUAAACACCCCACUUCUUUUGG